AUGUCGGUGGUCAGAUUUCCACCAAGGACUCAACCUGCAACAUUGAAUAAGGCACAACACAGCAACAAUUUAACGAAAGCCUCCGCACGGCCUCCGCACGAGGAGGACCCAGACCUCCGCGUGCGGAGGCUGCCUCCUGACGCAAGCUCGGCGCUAUUAGAUCUGGUCAUAGGGAAUAAGGAUUCUUUGGGAAGCAUGUCUCUCAUCAAGGAAAAUGACGAGAAGUUGAGAAUCAAGAAGAAGAUUGAGGACAGAAGUAGGGAAAUUAUGAGUUUAGAUGUGGAAAUUGAAAUAUCUGUAAUUUGGUGUAAGGUGAAAGCCUCCGCAUCUGGAGGUUCCAGCCUCCGCACGCAGAGGUUGUGCCUCCGCCAGCCUUGUGAGAUUCAGCUGUGCAAGGUGCCUCCACUUCCAAAUGCGAAACUUCCUGUAGCAGCUUCACCGAGCAGCGACACAAGUCAUGCGAGAUUUAUAGCGAAUGAUGGGAAAAUGAAGGUCAAGGCCAUGUUUCAAUCUACUUUGUCGUCUUUAAUCACCUCUGGGAGUGUUCAGAACUUGGGUCUUAUUCGGAUUCUUGAUUACACUCUAAACGACAUCCCGACGAAGAACGAGAAGUAA